AUGGCAUCUUCACCCACUUCACCCACUUCUCCCAAUGAACCCACUCCCUCCUCUCUUUCAGUUUCUAGAGCAUCUACACAGUCUCAAGUCACGUUUCCAUCUCAAGCAGUGACGACGCUACAUUCGUUUCAUCCAUCAUCUUCCUCUGCUAAUUCCUCUCCACCGUUGGGCCAAAAAGAUCCUUCACAAGAACAAGCACUUCUCAUUCAACAACAUUUAUUCAAACUGAUUGAAGAGACAACCUCCCUAUACCAAAUACAUUUUGAAAGCUGUCUUUCCAAUGAAACGACACUCCUGCCAGCAUUCAAAGAAUUCCUUAAAUUUGAACAUAACCUGAGUGCGUUGGAUUUUAUUUUAAUCACUGAAGAAUAUAUGAUGGAUAGCAAUGAGACAAGUUCGAGUGAGACAUGUUUGAGCGAGACAUCCAAUAAUUCGUCAGCAUCACCAAUCAAGCAUGAACACAUGUCAAAAUCCAAGUUGUGUUCUCUAAAUGACCACAGUAGUGGUUGUUUAAAGAGACAACAAUUUGAAAAGAUUCAAUUCAUUAUCGAAAGAUUUCUCACUGACGAUUCGAUGGAUCAAAUUAAUGUUUCAAAUUCCUCACGUAGUGAAGUUUUGAAACGAUUCGAAGAAUUGAAAGAAAAUAUCGAACGUAUGAAUGAUAAUGAUCUUUACUUGUUCGAAACUUGCAAACAAGAUGUUUAUUUAGAAUUAAGAAAUGACAACUUUGCAAGAUUUUUAAAGAGUUCAUACUUUUCAAAUGCCAUCUUGUCCAUCAUUUCACAAGAUUUGUCACUUCCUAAAAAAUCAAACAUGCUCACUCCUGAAUUUUUGCAAGAUUUCACGACCUUACUCGAAUUUCAAUUAUCGGCCAUUGGAGAAAAGAGGAAAGGUAAUACAAUGGCUCAUUCAAGUACAAAUAUUUCCGAAGUUGAUUCUUCCGCCACUGAAUUAGACGGUCAUCAGAUCCAAAAUCAAGAAGAUUACCAGGAAGUGAGACAUGCUUUGAGUGAGUUAUUUAAGGAAAAGAAACAGAAAAUAGUGACAGGAUAUCAUUUGGACAUUUUUAGGAAAAUGAAUGACAUGGAUGGCAUGUGGCAACAAAUUCACAAAACAAAGCACAUGGCAACUUACAAAAGUAAGGAAAAGUUUGUCACCUCAAAAGUUGCAAAAUCGAAAGGAAUUUUGUUGAUUAAGGAAGUUUUGACCGUUGAGGCAACACCUGAAGAGCUCUUGAGCACAAUCAUUGAUUCGAGAUUUAUAUCGAUUACUGAGCCAACUCUCACUCAAAUCGAGUUUAAAGAGUUUAUUGAAGGAGGACAAGUCGUCACUGUGAAAAGUGGCAGAAAAGGCUCCAAAACAUUGGAAACAAAAACUCAUCCAGUCUCUUGUUCGAGAUCAAUCAUCAAAACUCCGUGGCCACUCUCGGACCGAGAAAUAUAUUGCGCCACUUGCGUUCGAAGAGAAUUCAACCCUUUUACUCGACAAAAAACAGAUUUUACCAUAUUUAGGAGAUCGUAUGACCCUGAAGAGGAGACAGUUGCCAAAGGAUGUGUGAGGGCCUUUUUUUAUGGAGCAAUCAUCAUUGAGCAAUUGAACGAAAAGGAAUGCAAAAUCUCUGGAUUGGCUUUCAUUGAAGCUGGUGGUAAAAUUUCUUCGUCACUGUGGAACAAAAUGCUCACAGCUCGAUCUUCGCAGGUUUCCAAGAAUUUAAGAAAAGGGCUCCAAGCUCGACGAAAGAUGAGUGAAGAGGAGAGGAAAAUAACUUCAGAAAAUUCAUUGAAAAAUAUUGACACGUUGAUCUAG